AAUAAACGGUUAAAACGAUAAAAACGAAAUUGAAAACCAGACAGUUAUUUUUUUCAGCUAUAUCCGCCAUUGAUGAUGAUCUGUUCCUUCCUCGCUCUUCUCGCCCCACCAAAACAAACAUUACAUAUUCCCAUUACAAAAAAAGUAUAUUCUUCUCCAAAUUAUAUAUAUAAAGUUUUAAUCUUUAAUGACGUGAUUAUGUAGUAGUAAUUAACAAAGGUUUAUACUUUAAUAGUGAGUUUAACAAGAUCACCAUCACAAUCAUCAUCGUCAUCAUCAUCAGUCUUAACGAGGCAAAGGAGGAAUAAUAUUAGAAUAUCUGAGAGACCCAUUUCUCGUAGUCAUCGAAGAUAGAGUGUUGUUGUGUUGAUUGGGAGCUAAGGAAACAGUGACCUUUGUCGUUUACUUUUUGGAAGGAAGAAGCUUCUUGGUUAUCUUAAAUAUGGGAAAUUAUCUUCAAUCUGAGAUCAUCAUCAUCAUCAAGACCGGCUUUUUUUCUUAUUAUUACUCAUUUUUACCUCUCUUUUUUGCCAUUUGGCACUCUGUUCUACAACCACAUUUCCCCAAAAUUUCAGCUUUCAGAGGGACACUUUUUUGUAGGGUGCUGGCGCUCGGUGACUGUGGCUGAAAUACCUUUGAAAGGAAUUCUUUCAAAAGGGAAUAACUCACUCGGUUUUUGCAUGGUGAUGAAGCAAGAGUAAAGCGACAAAUAUUAACAUAUUCUCACCAUGGAAUCAAACAACUGAACAGACUUAUUCAAGGAGUAAGCUAGAACAUUUGAUAACAUGGACCCAGAAAAACCGAUAGAAGAUCAGUUUUCAAAGUUGCAUCCAUGUCUUCCUGUAAACACAAGAAUUGGGAUAGUAGGUGGUGGCCCAAGUGGUAUAUCAGCUUCUUAUGCAUUGGCAAAACUUGGCUACACUAAUGUGACAUUAUUGGAGAAGUACCAUUCUGUUGGUGGAAUGUGUGAGUCUGUCGAAAUAAGAGGGAAGAUAUAUGAUUUGGGUGGUCAAGUUCUUGCCGCAAACAGUGCUCCUGUAAUCUUUCACUUGGCAAGAGAGACUAGUUCUGAACUAGAAGAGCUGGAUUCCCAUAAGCUUGCUCUCAUUGACAGUUCCACAGGAGAGUAUCACGAUAUAAAAGUUGCAGAUGAUUAUGUAUCUGUGAUAUCACUGACUUUAGAGCUUCAGGAUAAGGCAAAGAAUUUAAGUCGACUAGGAAUGCAUGCUGUGAGUGAAUUAGCUUCAGACUUAACUCCUCAGUAUCUUAACGAUCGUGGAUUCAAAUCCAUUCCCAAGUCUGUGGCUUAUGGAUAUACUGCUUCGGGGUAUGGAUUUGUCCAAGACAUGCCUUAUGCUUACAUUCAUGAGUUCACUCGUACAUCCAUGGCUGGAAAGAUUCGGCGUUUUAAAGGUGGUUACACUAGUCUUUGGCAAAAGAUCAGCGAAUCACUUCCAAUAGAAGUUCAUUGCAACACUGAAGUGUUGGCAAUCCGACGUGAUUUUGAAGGUGUUAAAGUUGAUGUGAAAGACUACAAUGGGGAAGUGAAGGUUAUGGACUUUGAUAAGAUCAUCAUUUCUGGUUCUUUUCCAUUUAAAAAUGGAAGGAUUUAUAGAUCACCACAUUCAAGUUCUACAGAAAACGAAAAUGAAACUGAAGCAAUUGAUUUUGGUGAUCUUGAGAAAGAGUUGUUCAGUAAAGUACAGACAAUCGAUUACUAUACCACUGCUUUGAAGAUCAAAGGCCUAGACCAUUUGCCUAUUGGUUUUUAUUACUUUGCUGAAUAUAUGGAAGAUCCUACAAAAAUCGGGUAUCCAGUUGCAAUGCAAAGGUUUUAUGCUGACACUGAUAUAUUCUUAUUUUGGUCGUAUGGAAAUUCAGUCGACAUUAAAGGACCAAAAGUCUCUCAGCUUGCAAUGAGAACAGUUGAAAGUAUGGGGGGACAAGUUGAAGAGAUGGUUCUACAACGAAGAUUCAAGUAUUUUCCCCAUGUUGGUAGUCAAGAUAUGAAGGAAGGGUUCUAUGACAAAUUAGAAUCUGAACUUCAAGGCUCGAGGAACACUUACUACGUAGGUGGGCUUAUGGCGUUUGAGCUUACAGAGAGAAACUCAUCGUAUGCCAUGGCCUUAGUCUGCAAGCACUUUGCAAAUAAAGAAUCUUCACCACUUUUUCCUUAUGUCAAGAAUCUAUUUCCUUUGCAAAAACAUUGUGGGAAAAAGAGUGUCAAAGGUUUAGAUGAGGUCCCGGGAGUGAAAUUUCCCGAUCUACCUUCACUUGAUGGCUACUUGAAUCACUGGGGAACUCAUAACAUCACUCAAAACAAGACACUCUAUACUUGGAUAAACGAAGAAGGAGCAGUGGUUGGCCAAAGGACUUACAAAGAACUGCAUGACAAUGCUUCUUGUAUUGCUCAAAACCUCUUGACAAGUAAAAAGCUAGUUAUCAAGCCUGGUGAUAGGGUUCUCCUUGUCUAUGUCCCGGGUUUGGACUUCAUCGAUGCCUUCUUUGGAUGCUUAAGAGCCAAGGUGUUACCCGUGCCAGUUCUUCCUCCUGAUCCUAUGCAAAGAGGUGGACAAGCACUUCAAAAGAUUGAGAAUAUUGCUAAAUCGUGUGAAGCGGUGGCAAUCCUAUCAACGCUUGGUUAUCACUCAGCAGUUCGAGCAGGUUUGGUGAAAAGUCUCAUUCUAAUGGCAGGGAAAAGCGGGAAAUGCAAAGCUCAGUGGCCUAAUCUUCCAUGGCUACACACAAAUACUUGGAUUAAGAAUUCCAAGAAUUUGCCCGUAGAAGGUAAAGUUGAUCGUUCUGAACCAGAAGCAAAUGAUGUAUGCUUUCUGCAAUUCACAUCAGGAUCAACAGGUGAUGCUAAAGGAGUUGUGAUAACUCAUGGAGGUCUCAUUCACAACGUGAAGUUGAUGCGAAAACGAUACAAAAGCACUUCCAAGACAGUUUUAGUAAGUUGGCUUCCACAAUACCACGAUAUGGGGCUCAUUGGAGGAUUAUUUACGGCCCUAGUAAGUGGCGGUUGUGCAAUUUUGUUCUCCCCAAUGGCAUUCAUCAAAAAUCCACUAAUGUGGCUCCAAAUCUUAAGCAAGUAUCAAGCUACUCACAGUGCUGGCCCAAACUUUGCCUUUGAGCUGGUGGUUCGAAGGCUGGAGUCUAACAAGGAACGAACAUAUGACCUUUCUUCUAUGAUAUUUCUUAUGGUUGCUGCUGAACCAGUGAGGCAAAAGACUUUGAAAAAAUUUAUUGAGCUCACUCAUCCUUUUGGUCUGUCUCAAGAAGUGAUGGCACCUGGUUAUGGAUUGGCAGAAAAUUGUGUCUUUGUUAGUUGUGCUUUCGGAGAAGGAAACAUCUUGGUGGAUUGGGAAGGAAGAGUAUGUUGUGGUUAUGCAGUUCCCAAUGAUGCAGACGUCGAUAUUAGAAUUGUUGACCCGGAAAUGAAUGAAGAGAUUGAAGCCACUGGAAAGGAAGGUGAGAUUUGGAUUAGUAGUCCAAGUGCUGGAAUUGGAUAUUGGGGUAGGGAAGAAUUAAGCCAACAAACUUUUAGAAAUGAGCUCCAAAAUCAUCCUGGACGUAUAUACACUAGAACAGGCGACCUGGGACGAGUAAUUGAUGGGAAAUUAUUCAUCACUGGAAGAAUUAAAGAUCUCAUCAUUGUAGCUGGAAGAAAUAUUUACUCAGCUGAUGUAGAGAAGACAGUUGAGAGUUCAUCCGAACUUCUACGUCCAGGUUGUUGUGCUGUGAUUGGUGUUCCUGAGGAAACUUUAUCAACCAAAGGGAUUUCUAUUCCGGACAGCUCUGACCAUGUUGGUUUGGUUAUAAUUGCUGAGGUUAAAGAUGGAAAACCUGUUAGCAAGGAAGUUGUUGAUAACAUUAAAUUGCGUGUUGCAGAAGAACAUGGAGUCAAUGUUGCUUCUGUUAAGCUUAUUAAGCCUAGAACCAUAAGCAAAACGACAUCAGGAAAGAUCAAGAGAUUCGAGUGCCUCAAACAGUUUACUGAUGGGACAUUGAAUGCAGUACCAGAUCCAAUUAUUUCAAAAAAGGUCUUUAAACGAUCCUUCACUACCGGUUCAUGCAGAGAUGGAACGACCCCCCGCCCUCAACUAGUGAGUUCUCCUAUACCGAGUCCUAUACUCAACAAUAGAGAAAUCGCAGAGUUUUUAAAAGGAGUAGUCUCUGAACAAACUGGUAUAUCCAUCAAAGACAUCUCUGUCACUGAGAACCUAGUCUCUUAUGGAAUUGACUCAAUUGGUGUUGUUAGAGCUGCACAAAAACUUUCAGAUUUCCUCGGUGUUCCAGUAGGAGCAGUAGAUAUUUUCUCAGCCUCUUGCAUUGCAGAGCUGGCGAGUUUUUCAGAGAAUCUACUGCUCAAGUCACAACCUGAACAAAUGAGCAAUCAGUCUCAUGUUUCAGAGCAGGAGAUUGAUUAUUAUGCUGAAACUUUCAUGGAAGUUUCUAUGUCUCACCAGUUAAAAAUCUGGUUUCUCCAAAAUCUAGCUCUUGUUUAUGUUGCUUUUCUUCUUGUCUUUCCUGCCUAUUUGUCACUUUCCACUUUUAUGUGGUCUAUCUCAGCUAUCAGUCCAUUGACAGGAGGAAUUCUCUGGUUAGACUAUUUAAUCCCUUUGACUCUUGCUCCUCUUUGUUGGAUCUUUUGCAUCCUUUCCACUUGCCUUUGCAUUUCUCUUUUCGGAAAUUCUUUCUUAAGACCAAACUAUGCCAUGAGUCCGAAACUUUCCAUUUGGUCAGUUGAUUUUGUUAAGUGGUGGGCACUGUACAAGGCCCAAGAAGUUUCUUCCAAGAUUCUGGCAGAACAUCUUAGAGGUACAGUGUUCCUAACAUACUGGUUUGAAAUGUUUGGAGCUAGGAUUGGAUCAUCAGUUUUGCUCGACACAGUUGACAUCACCGAUCCAUCCUUGGUUUCAAUUGGAGAUGGAGCUGUAAUUGCAGAAGGUGCUUUGAUUCAAAGUCAUGAAGUAAAGAAUGGAACUUUAAGCUUUCAACCUAUUAGAAUUGGCCGAAAUUCGUGUAUUGGACCUUAUGCUGUUAUCCAGAAGGACAGUGUUGUGGGGGACGAACUCGAUGUCUUAGCUUUGCAAAAAACUGGAACCAAGCAUGUAAUCAAAUCCACCAAGGGUGAUGAUCUUUCCAAUGAACCAUUGCUGGCAAAUGCCAUUUACCAUUUGAUGGGAAUAUACUUAGUUGGCUUGAUCAGCUCUUUCUCAGCAGCCAUGUUGUACUUCAUCUACAUUUCACUAUCUAAGGCAUCUCCUUCCCCACAAGAAUAUGCAUUUAUGUGCAGCUUUGGAGCAUUUCAUUGGAUACCUUACUCCAUCACUGCAUAUGCCACCAUGUUUACAUCUCUCUCAUUCAACUUCUACGAAUUUUCGCUCAUCACAGCCAUUGUUUACUUAGCUCAUGGCCUUAUACUCAGCUUGUGCACUUCUGCUUUGACUCAUUUCUUAUCUUCAACGAAAAACACAAAGAAGGAUCAUUUCAGGUCAUGGCUUUGUAGGCGUAUCAGAAUUUCGUGUCACCUUAGAUUUGCCAAGCUCUUAUCUGGAACAGAAGCUUUCUGUAUAUACUUGCGCCUUUUAGGUGCAAAGAUUGGGAAGUAUUGCUCUAUCAGGGCUAUCAACCCAGUUUCUGACCCGAAAAUGAUUUCUGUUGGUGAUGGCGUUCAUCUUGGUGACUUCAGCCGGAUCAUAUCUGGAUUUUACUCCUCCAACGGGUUUACUAGUGGGAGAAUUGAGAUGCAGGCUAAUUCUGUCGUUGGGAGUCAAAGCGUAGUUCUUCCUGGUUCGGUAAUUCAGAAUGAUGUUAUUCUUGGAGCACUUUCGGUUGCUCCUGUGAACUCGGUGCUUCAAAGGGGCGGUGUUUAUGUUGGUUCUCGAAAUCCAAUCAUGAUUAAGAAUACCAUGCACUCUUUGGACGAAAGAAUUGAAGAGAUGGACUUAAAAUACAAGAAAAUAGUUGGAAAUCUUGCUGCAAACUUGGCUGCAACAACUCUCAAAGUGAAAUCGAGAUAUUUCCAUCGAAUUGGUGUUAGUGGAAAAGGGUUCUUGAAGAUUUAUGACAACAUCAAAGAUUGGCCAGACCACAAAAUCUUCAGCCCGGGAAAAAGCUACCCUGUUAUAGUUAGACACAGUAAUAGCUUGAGUGCAGACGAUGAUGCUAGAAUUGAUGCCCGUGGUGCAGCCAUAAGAAUACUUCAAGAACAAACCAGUAGUAGUGAUCAUGAUCACUCUCCUCUCCUUGAUCUCACAUUAAAAACAGGCAAUGCAUUCUAUGCCCGAACAAUAGCAGAUUUCGCUACAUGGUUAGUAUGUGGUCUUCCUGCAAGAGAAGAAUAUGUCAAGCGAGCUCCUCAUGUUCGCGAUGCAGUUUGGAGUUCCCUACGCAAUGCAGACUCAUUUACUCAGCUACAUUACUACUCAAACAUCUGCAGGCUGUUUCGGUUCCCAGAUGGAAAGGAAAUGUAUGUAAAGUUCAAGUUGAGGCCUUAUGAUGAAACUAUCAAUGAAGAUUCUGGUAAAGUUGAGCCUAUUGGGAUUCUUCCACCCGACACAGGUGCAAUUCCUAGAGACGAAAAAGACACUCGCCCAUUACUUUUCCUUGCAGAAGAUUUCUGCAACCGUGUGAACAAAGCAAAUGGAGUUAGUUAUGUCUUUCAGUUACAAUUCAGACCAGUUCCAAAUGAUGAAGCCAAAAGAGAUGUUGCACUUGAUUGUACAAAGCCAUGGGAUGAGACUGAAUUCCCAUACAUUGACAUUGGUGAGAUUAACAUAACUGAGAAUUUAUCUGCAGAAGAAUCAGAAAAGUUACACUUUCACCCUUUUCUAAAAUGUCCUGAGAUUGAUGUCAUUCAUGCCUCAUCAUGUUCCCAAAGUGCUUCAAUUGAUCACGGCCGUUCAUUGAUAUACGAAAUCUGUCAGCAUUUAAGAAAUGGACAACCAAUCCCAGAAGCCUGGAAAAUCUUCCUUGAACAAUCUGAUGUCAAAGUAGAUCUUUCAGGCUGUCCCAUGGCAACAACACAAGCUAAGAAAGAUGAAAAACCAGUGACACUCCAAAGAAAUCGGUAUCAAACACUUUGGGCAACUUUAUUCCAACCUUUACUCCAAACAGUCUUUCCUAUUUUCGUCUUGUCAUUAGUGAUCUUUGCUCCAUUGAAAUAUGUUCUUCACUUAAAGGAAGCUCAUGAACUCUCACUUCAAUGGCUACUCCCAUUGUUUUGGGUAUGUUCAGGUUACAUAGCUGCAUUAUCUUGUGUUGUAGCCAAAUGGGUUUUAGUAGGAAAGAAGAAAGAAGGCGAAACGGUACUCAUUUGGGGGAAAGAGGUUUUCAUGGACACAACAUGGCAAGCAUUGAGAACACUAGUUGGGGAUUAUUUCAUGGAAAUGACAACUGGGUCUGUUAUGUUCUUGAUAUGGAUGAAGCUAAUGGGCUCGAAUAUCGAGUUGGAUGAAGGUGCUUAUGUGGACAGCAUGGGAGCUAUGUUGAAUCCUGAAAUGGUGGAGAUUGAAAGAGGUGGUUGUGUGGGAAGAGAAGCUUUGUUGUUUGGACAUAUCUAUGAAGGUGAUGGAGGGAAAGUUAAGUUUGGAAAGAUUAAGGUUGGUGAAGGUGGUUUUGUUGGGAGUAGAGCUGUGGUUAUGCCUGGGGUGAUAGUUGAGAGUGGUGGGAAUCUAAGUGCUCUUUCUCUUGCCAUGAAAGAAGAAGUGAUUAAGUCAAGGUGAUAUCUAAGUACUUAUUGAUAAAGAUCACAUUUUUAUAUAAAUACAUACAUAUAUAUAUAUAGAUAUUUAUAUAUAGUUACCAAUAACAUAUAUAUAAUAGAACUAAAUAAGAAAUCUCAUCAAAUUGUACUUGCAGUCCCAUCCUACAAAUUGUUAUAUGGUUAUUUACCACACACAUAUAUAGAUAA